GUGUGUUUUCUGCAGCUGUGUGGAGGACAGGAUGCAGUGUUAACACCACCCUGUGUCUCGCAGAAGAAGCCCGGCUGCCAGACCCUCAGCAGUAGACACAUGGCGACAUUAGGGAACCCCGAGAUGUUAACCAGGAAGAUUAAACUGUGGGACAUCAACGCCCACAUCACCUGUCGUCUGUGUGAGGGGUACCUGAUCGACGCCACCACGGUCACUGAGUGCUUACACACCUUCUGCAGGAGCUGUUUGGUGAAAUACCUAGAAGAGAACAACACGUGUCCCACAUGUCGGAUUGUCAUUCACCAGAGCCAUCCACUGCAGUACAUCGGCCAUGACCGAACAAUGCAAGAUAUUGUCUAUAAGUUGGUGCCAGGACUGCAAGAAGCGGAGAUGACAAAACAGAGAGAAUUUUAUCAGAAGUUAGGCAUGGAGGUGCCUGGAGACAUCAAAGGAGAGCUGUGUAAUGUGAAAACUCACCUGGACUCACAGCGCAAUGGUGAUCUGAAAUCAGAAGAUCCAGCCAGUAAGGAAGCAGGAGAUGAGAAAGCAGAGGAGGACAAUGACUACCAUCGCAGUGAUGAGCAGGUGAGUAUCUGUCUGGAGUGUAACAGCAGUAAGCUCAGAGGACUCAAGCGGAAGUGGAUUCGUUGUUCAGCUCAGGCGACUGUUCUUCACCUCAAGAAGUUCAUUGCGAAGAAGCUAAACCUGACAUCUUUCAAUGAGCUGGACAUCUUAUGCAAUGAAGAAAUCUUGGGCAAGGACCAUACUUUGAAAUUUGUUGUGGUAACAAGAUGGAGAUUUAAGAAAUCCCCCCUCCUCCUUCAUUACAGACCUAAAAUGGAUCUGCUGUAGCUGGACAAAAACGCUUGGUUGUUUUGGCCCAGUGGCUGAGGACUGUGCUACGUGCUAUAUAUGCAGAGACCAUCAAUGCCCACACCAAACAAACACUCGUCAACACAGAUACGAGCCAGCAAACAACAAAACCAGCACAGCCACUGCGACACUGGCGACUUUUGGGAACAACCGCUUUUCUCUGUUUGUUCGUCUGCUAUAUGUCCUAUAUAUGUGAAAAAUUGAGAGAAAGCAUAUAUUUAUACUUUUGUAUAGAUGAGAGAAGUGGAACCAAGACUCUAUUGCGCUGUUUACACUAUAAAAAAAAAAGACAAAAAAAAGGUCAUGAGAAAAGGUUUAACAUUUUUUUUUUUUUUGUACCAUUGGACUUUGUUCCUACUUCAAUUAUGGGCAAAAAGAUGGUGCUCGGUGUCUGCCGCCCUGUGUGGAAGUGUCCACUUUUACACUGCUAACCAGGAGAGAAGAGGCGUUUCAAACUGACCGCUCUCUCUCAGGUCUUACCCAACACUUCUCGGGAGUGCAGAGCCUUUCGAAGCUUAUAUAAAGCGGUUUAUAUGAGUGUAUUAUUUCAGAGCGGUUUCUUUCUUUACUUUUCGGCGUCGCUACGAGUGGAAUUGUGAAUAGGCAAAUUUAUGUGUAGUAUUUAUGUUCUAUUUACCAAUAUUGUACAUAAAAGUUGUUGGUGGAGAGAAGGGAUGAAAGAUGUUAUGAAAGUGUGUGUGAAAGACUAAAAGGCUAGAAAAAUAGAGACCGAUUGGAGUUGUUUUCCAAAAAUGCUAUAUUUUGGCUUGUGUUUAUGUGGCUACAUGGAAAAGACAUAAAUAUUCAG